UAAAACGCGACGGUGUGAACGCGGAACGUGACGACGUUGUAAACAUGGAGGUUUUUGUUGUUUCUCCGUCUUUAAGGUUUAUUAACUGUUCUGUUCCCGACCAGUCGACGGUCAGUAAGCUGAUAGGAUUGUUCAGUCCCGGAGAGGGCCUGUGUUGUGCUGAUUUUUACGUGAAGAACAAUGGCCGAAUAUUGGAUGGUGAAGAAAGACUGCAAGCUGGAGGGAUUUAUCGCAUCGAGCCUCGUUUAUAUGGUGGCAAAGGAGGUUUCGGCUCCAUGCUGCGAGCUCUUGGGGCGCAGAUCGAGAAAACCACCAAUCGGGAGGCCUGCAGAGAUCUGAGUGGGCGGAGACUCCGAGAUGUCAAUCACGAAAAAGAGAUGGCGGAGUGGCUGAAGAAGCAGGCCGACCGUGACGCAGAGAAGGAGCAGCGGCGUCUGGAGAGGAUUCAACGCAAGCUGGCUGAGCCCAAACACCAUUUCGCCGACAAAAAGUAUGAGCAGCAGUGUCACGACCUCUCUGAAAGGCUGGAGGACUCUGUGCUCAAAGGCAUGCAGGCUUCAUCCAGCAGCAUGGUCCGGGUAGACGAAAAGCUGCAACGCAAACGCCCGGCUACAAAGGACAGCGACACAUCUUCAAAAAAGAAAUGCUUUUGGACUGGCCUUGAGGACCUCGAGGACGUGGACAGCUCAGAUGAAGAUAGUGAUGAGAGCGAAUCUGAAGCUUCUUCCUCUUCCGCUUCUUCUGGGGCUGGUCCUUCCUGCAGCUCCCAGCCAGCUGCAGUACCGAUAACAGCAACCAGGGAACAGGAGAAAUUUGAGUUUCAGGACCGACCCAGCAGCAGCAGCAGCAGUGACAGCAGUUCCAACGCCGCCUCAGCUCCCUGCUCUCCGUCUCCCAGCCAGGACAAAACAGAAGAAAAAGAGGAACCUGGAAAAAUGGAGCACAGUGAAAAUGAAGAGAACAAACAGACUGUCAGCGUUCAACAGGAAGCUGAGAAGGACGUAAUUGUCGAGACAAAAGACACACAGCCAGUUCAGCCAGAGGACACAGAGACAGCGUUAGACCUGAUGUCUGGUAGCAUGGUGGAAGAGCUGGAAGCUCUGGGUCUGGAGCGGUUGAAGGCUGAGCUGAUGAAGCGAGGGAUGAAGUGUGGAGGGACGCUGCAAGAGCGUGCUGCCCGCCUCUACUCCGUCAGAGGACUGAGUGAUGAUCAGAUUGACGCGGCGCUCUUAGCCAAACCCAGCAAGGGCAAGAAAAAAUAAGCAGGACUUUUUUUUUUUUUUUUUUUGGUUACUUUAAAUAUAUAUAAUCUCCUUUUAUAAGUUUAUAUUCAGUUAAAUAUAACUGUCAUUUCCUUGUUCACAUUAAAGCAGAACGGAAAAGAGAUUUCUAGACUGUUGUUAGGUGCCUUUUAAGAGUGUUUGAAGAAUUUACUUUGAAAUUUGUACAAAAGAGAAUCAUUUUAACAUUAAAGAGAAAUAAAAUAACGAGUGGUUCUUGUGGGGGUUUUUGUGCCUAUGGAUUUGAUUUAUUUUUUGUUAAUGUACUCUUGAUUUGCCUUAUUAAAAUACACUUGUAUGUAA